AUAACAACACAAAAAUAUCACUAUAAAAUGGGCUGUGCUUUAAGAAAGCAAGAAAGGAUAUAUGAAGAUCAUGUUGUACUCGCAGCUCAAACACAUUUUUCUUUUGAAGAUGUCAAGACCUUAAGUGAACUCUUCAGAAAAUUAAGCUGUUCUAUUAGCAAUGAUGGCUUUAUUAGCCGAGAAGAGUUCCAGCUUGGAUUGUUCAGAGAUAGCAGGAAGCAAUCUCUGUUUUCAGACAGGAUGUUCCAGUUGUUUGACUCCAACAAUGAUGGGCUAAUAGACUUUGGCGAGUUUAUUCGUACACUAAGCAUUUUCCAUCCUGAUGCUUCUCAAGCAGAGAAAAUUGCCGUUGCAUUUAAAUUGUAUGACUUAUGGCAAAGAGACUUCAUUGGACGUGAAGAGGUGAAGGAGCUGAUUUUAGCAUUAUUAUAUGAAUCAGAAUUGAUACUCACUGAUGAUAUAGUUGAAGCUAUUGUCGACAAGACAUUUGAGGAGGCAGAUUCUAAAGGGGAUGGAAAGAUAGAUAUAGAAGAGUGGAAUAAUUUUGCUGCUCUAAAUCCAUCUUUAUUGAAGAACAUGACAAUUCCGUAUCUCAAGGACAUCACAGCUGCAUUUCCUAGUUUUGUGCUGAAUACAGAAAAGAAUGAUGAGAUUUACAAGGAUUUCUGAGUUAUAUAUAAUUAAGGAAAAUGCAGUUGCUUUGCCGAGUUGUGAAUAAACAACUAAGUUUAACUGCACGAAUAUCAAAGGAAAAAAUUGAACUUUUUCUAAGAAUACAAUUGUUAGGUUGUAAAAUGCAAAAUGUUUCCCUAACAAUGUAUUCUUGAAAAUUUUCUGGUUUUGUAGUUCAUUGCAAAUGUUAUUUUAGUUAUAUGUACCUUAUGAGGUCGGGAUGCCACGUCAUCUGCUCGCUUCGCUAAAAUUUUACUAUGUAUAUAAUAUAUCUGUGAAAUAACGGAUAUAUUAAAGCGAUGGCACCUAGAAUUAACAAAGUCGAUGUGGGUCUUUGAUCUCGCGAAUGCGAGAUCAAAUGCAUGUUAUUCUU